UGGAACCCUUCAUUUGGCAUUCUUGUGUGGACUUGAGUUGCGUCGGUACGCAUUUUUUCUCUAAAAUCAAGAAAUCUUUCCAUUGUUGACUCCAGCAUAGCUCGUACUUUGCCAAAAUGUCGAAAAUGUUACCGCGUCAAUGUGGUCGUGGUGGUGUUGCAAACUGUGGUCUGCCGCCCAGUAAUUCCCUGGGCGAUAAGGAAUUGCGUGAUCAGCUCCAACAAGAAAUUGAAAAUAAAUCAAAACUUUGCUCAAAUCCCACUUAUGAAUGUACCAUACCACGCAUAGAUGGCUACGAGUAUUGUAUGCGACAUAUUCUACGGGAUCCAAAGGGAAAUUUUCGCCAAUGUACAUAUACGUAUAGUAACAAUAGAAAAUGCACAAAUGCUUUGCCCAAACAUGAUCUGAAGAAAGAUCCCAAUAUGACAACGCUUUGCUUCGAGCACAACAGGCAGGUUCAGUUGCAGAAGACACAUGCCUCGGUGGGGAAAUUAAAACAAGUGGAGACGAAUGAAGCGCUGCUCAACAGUCUGGCUCACCACUUACAUGUGGAGGAGACACCCGAAAAGAAUGAAACAAAUUGUGAACAGGAUGAGGAAAUUGAUGUGGUAUCACCGCAUGUUACACCGUUUGUGUGUCAUGAUCAGCUUAAUUCAAUUGGAGAUAUUGUCACCACAAUGCGUAAACGCAGACGCAUUUUGGACUACGCCUCGGACAGCUCUUCGGAUGAAGAAGUCAUUUGUAUGAGCAACACAUCUCGUGGCCAUGAAUGUUAUGAAUCCGACAAUGAAAGCGUGGAUUCUCAAGACGAGGACCUUCUCAAACAUGCCGGUGUAUAUACUCGACAAGAGGCCAUACGUAUUUCGGAAGCAAAACUUACCAAACUCCAGGGUCUCUAUAUUGACCAGAUUAAUCGCCUACAUCAUAUGUUGCGUGAAAAAAGACGACGUUAUUUGAAUGCCAUUCGCAGGGAGCGUGAACAUUUGUGUAGCAUACACGAACAAUUGAAAGAAACUCCCCGAGAACGGGCUCUGUAUGAACAAUUGAAGGCCUUGAAUUCCUAUCACAGACGUCAUGGAGUGGAGGCGGUACUUUAUAAGAAAUUCAAAGAGAAACGUAGCCGUGCCGGUGAUGCCUCAUCUAAAGCUUCAUUUACCAAAUGCGUUUUUACCGAGGGUGGGGUUAAAUGUGGGGACCGUGCCCUACUGCACACACGAUAUUGCCGCAAACAUAUCCUGGAGGAUAAAAAACAGAUUUUGUUCAAGGCAUGUGAAGUGAAAAAAUCCGGUGUUGUGUGUCAAGAACCCAUACCGUGUAUUUUCGACGAUGCCACUUGUGUGCUGCACUUGACACUGCCUCAACAGAGGCAAUAUAUUCAGAGGAAAUAUGAAUCGGAAACCGAAGAUGAGGAAGUUGAAGUUAAAAAGGAAACGUUGCCAAAUCCUGCUGCCGAUGUCAAAACGGAAGUGGCAGGAGGCGAUGCCGUUGCUGAAGGGAGUGCAGAUGUUCAAAAUGUAGCUGUUAAAUAAGUUUUGCUUGUAAGAAUAUGUCUUAGACUUUGUAAAAACCUAGAGUUUCGCAAAAAGAUGCGAAUUAUCAAUAAAUUAGUUCUUGGAGACAUGA